GUUUGACAGAUCAAGAUAAAAGGUGAAAAAACGUCGUUGCACAUUUUUCGAGUUCAUUUCCUAUUUAAAUAUUUUCAAUCGUUAAGUAGAAAGAAUAACAAUGGAUGACGAUUUACCAACCGAUUUCCAGGUCAUUGUCGUUGGAACAGGGAUGGUGGAGUCCAUCGUGGCUGCAGCAUGCAGUAGAAUAGGCAAAAAUGUUCUUCACUUGGACUCUAGCGAUCACUAUGGUGGACUAUGGGCUUCGUAUAAUUUUGAUGGCCUACAGAAGUUCAUAAAAGAAGUCAAUUCUGAUCCAAAACGACAGCUACAAGUUUACAAUUUAUCUGAAAAGUGGUAUAUUGAAAAAGAUUCUCCACAAGAAGAAAAAAAGGAAGAAGGAGAUGAGAACAAGACUGAUGAUAGUAAAUCGCAACCUUCCAAAAAAGUAUGGAGUCAGGCCAGCUUUGCCGCAGAAUAUAGGAAAUUCAAUAUUGACAUGACACCCAAGUUACUGUUCUCCCGUGGCCCGUUGGUGGAACUGCUGAUCUCUUCUAACAUUGCUCGCUACGCGGAGUUUCGCUGCGUGACACGCGUGCUGACGUGGCUCGACAAUAGAUUGAUGCCGGUACCUUGCUCCCGCGCCGAUGUGUUUGCCACCGAGGCCGUCAGCAUUGUCGAGAAACGCAUGCUUAUGAAGAUGCUCACCUCCAUUGUUGGGUAUAACGAAGAAGAGAUGAAUAAUGAGUUCAAGGGCUGGAACGAUAAAACUUUCAAGGAAUAUCUUGAGCACAAAGGUCUUACCCCUAAUUUAAUCCACUACGUACUGUUCGCGAUUGCCGGCGGCACAAACAAGAUGCCCUGCCUGGAGGGCGUAAAGGAAUGCAAGAAGUUCCUCAUGAGUCUGGGCCGUUACGGCAACACGCCGUUCCUAUGGCCCAUGUAUGGCAGCGGAGAGCUGCCCCAAUGUUUCUGCAGAUUAUGCGCUGUAUUCGGUGGGGUUUACUGUUUGAACCGACCCAUCGACAAAGUGGGGACCAAAACUGUGGACGAAGGCAAGACGGUCGUCACCAUAGACAGCAAGUCCAAGACCCUGAACUGUGACCACCUGGUGAUCGGCAUCAACGAGUGUCCCAAAGAGAUGAUCUCUCCGGAGCCGGUUGAAAGUUGCGAUAUCUCCAAGGCUGUGUUUAUAACAAACGGUUCUAUAAUGGCUAGUGAGAAGGAGCCACUGACAUUGCUCCGGUUCCCUCCAUUGACUGAUGAAGAUAACACUGUGACGGUGCUGGAGGUUGGACCCGCAACCGGAUCUUGCCCCAAAGGACUGUUUGUAGUUUACUUUAUAACGAAGAAGGUGAAGGAUGCUGAAACCGACCUCAAACCUUAUGCGGAGAGGAUUUUCGACAUGUCUGGCGGCGACCAGACAGCGACAUCUGAGAAACCCAAGUGCCUGUGGUCGGUGAUGUACAACGUGCGCGACACGAGCGCUUGCACGCGCAGUACUGUGGACAGCGUGCACGUGUGCUCCGGGCCCGACGCCUCGCUGGACUUCGACCGCGCCGUCUCACAGGCCGAGCAGAUCUUCAAGCAGAUCUGCCCUGGCGAGGAGUUCUUACCUCGCGCUCCCGACCCAGAGGAAAUAGUGUUCGAAGAGGAAGUGCCGCGCGGACCAGAGUUCCGUUCCGAUGACGCGGACGCCGAACAUAACGAGUAGACCGACUUUAAUAUAACUAGCUGCGUUCGGUAUUUGCAUCGCAUACUUACUUGUUACUUGUUGUGGGCCCCCGUUUCCGCACGUAGACUCCGUACUUGGUCCAUUGUGCGUGCAGGGUAUGUUGGGCUAGCUAGCUCAGCCAGCCCAGCUCCUUCCAGAAGCGCAGUAGCCUCCUGGGGCUCUCACAGGCUUCUAGGAGCGUCCUCGGCUUCCUGAGGAUUGAUGCCCGGUGUUCUGCAACGCUCGUGCAUUCCAGGAUCACAUGGGCGGCCGUUUCAUCUGCUUCCAGACAUCCUCUGCAUAGAGAGCUAUCUGUAACGCGUAUGGUUAGUAAAUGCUUUGCAUCGCAUAGGCCACGGGUUUUUGUUUACGUGAUCACAGAUUAAUCUGAGCAAAUCAUAGAGGUAUAAGAAUAGAGUGGGGAAGGCGGCUCUAAAAGAAGUGUCCGUCUAGUAGAAAGAGAAAGAAGAUUAGAGACCGCCAGCUAUCUCUCUCUAUUGUGACGCAUGGCAUCCAAUGGCAUUACAUCGAAAUAGUAAGAUGCUUACGGUUGCCAAUGCGCAUGCGCGAUUAGAGAGAGAAAGCUAGCGGUCUCUCAUCUUCUUUCUCUUUCUAUUAGAGGGACACUUCCACUUGUAGUGGAGUCUAUAUCUCCCCUACUCUAUUCUUAUACAUCUAUAGAGCAAAUUGCUAUUACCGAACGGCCCGACCAACCGUAGAUUAAUUUGUAAGCUCGAACGGAGAAUAACCUCGUAACAUGACAGUUAACCAGAUUGAUCAUUUUCGUCUGCCAAAAUACUCCGAGCAAAUAGAUUUACAUCGCACUGUUCUGAGCGGAAUUACCGAACACUUCAGAUUUACUCUAGAUGUAAUAAAGGAGAGAUUUAGACAAAAAAUAUUGAUCUGAUGCAAAUAACGAACGCAGCUGCUUUAUACCAGUGCGUUUGAACUUAAUUUGCAGCAUAGCGCGACUUGUUUUAUUAUACAGCCUACAGUGCCGUCUUUGACCUAUUGGAGGCCCUGGGCAUAUUAGGAUAAUGGGGCCUAUGACUUCCGUUUGAUGAUUUAACAGGAACUAUUUGAUCUGAGGGGGCCCCCU